AGGGCGAGGGGAGGAGCCGGGAAGGGAAAAGGGGGCUUGGGAGGAGAGCGAGCCGAGACGCCGCAGAGGAAGGAGGCAGCCCGGGCGCUCUGCGGAGAGGAGGCGGCGGGCCGGGAUGCGCUUGCCGGGGGGCUGCCAGGUCCCGGUGCGACGGGGCUCCGCGCGCUGAACGCCCCGGGGGUCUGCGGAGCGCAUCUUGUGCGCUCGCCCCUCGCGCCCGGAUCUCCAUGCACUGAUAUGGGGAGUGCCGGCUCGGGGAUGAAGCAGGCGAUCGCGGAGCCCGGGCAGCUGCAGGCCCCCCCGGCGUCGUCGUCGGGGCGGGAGCCCGAGGCCCGGUGGCCGCGCGACGGCGCCAAGAGCGAGGCGACCGAGGCGGAGCGGCUGCGCACCCGCGAGCGCCUGGAAGCUACCCUGGCCGGGUUGGCCGAGCUGGAGUUGCUGCGCCAGCGCCAGGAGCUGCGCGUCAAGCGCCUGCUGGCCGCCGCGCCCGCCGAUGCCCGGCCUGGGGGGAGCCGCUCCGGGGAGACGGCGGCUGGAGAGGCAGCCGCGCCAGGGGCCGCCGCCGCCGCCCCGCGCAGCCUGGAGGAGAAGUUCCUGGAGGAGAAUAUCCUGCUCCUGCGGAGGCAGCUGAAUUGCCUGCGACGGAGGGACGCGGGUUUGUUAAACCAGUUGCAAGAACUGGACAAGCAGAUCAGCGACCUGAGGCUGGAUGUUGAGAAAACGGCCGACGAGCAGCUUGAGACGGACAGCCGCCCCAGCUCAGGCUUCUAUGAGCUGAGCGACGGGGCCUCAGGGUCGCUCUCCAACUCGUCCAACUCUGUUUUCAGCGAGUGUUUGUCCAGCUGCCACUCCAGCACCUGCUUCUGCAGCCCUUUGGACACAUCCCUGAGUGGCUCUGAUGGACGGCCCAAAUCUGCAGAUCUCAUCGGCUGGCUGGAAUAUAACAAAGGGAACCAGCAUGAAGACGCGUCCGUGGGGAUGGCCUGCCGAGUGCUGUCCACACCGCACUCUAAUUCCCUUGAGGUGGUUGCAGACGUGCAUCCAAAAUACCAGUGUGACUUGGUGUCGAAAAACGGGAGCGACGUGUACCGCUACCCCAGCCCUUUACACGCUGUCGCGGUGCAGAGCCCCAUGUUCCUUUUGCCGGUGACAGACAACCCCCCAAGGGAAGAGGGAGAGCAGAAGGUUGCGGACCUUUGCGUGGGACCCGAACACGACUCUGCAAAAGCGGGCACCUCCUGCCUCCCGCAUAGCUCUCCUCCCGAGUCCUGUCCCCCAGCCAGCAGGAAAAUAGACGGCUACAUCUUGAGCCUUGUGCAAAAAAAGACCCCUUCGGUGCGGACUAACAAACUGAGGACGAAUCUGAAUGCAGACCCCGCCAAAGGGAUUUUGAGGCACGGUAGCCUGUGUGUCCGGCAAGCGCCUGGGAUUGCAAGCAGCAGUUCGGCCGCUGCUCUCAAGACCCCAAACCAGGUCUUCCCCCAUUCCAGCAGAGCCAGCACACCACUUGACAGCAGCGCCUUCUCCCCUCUGAAGCAGCAUUCGAGAGAAACCGAGCACGUGGAGAGCAAAAAGAUUCCUCCGCCUGCGGUCUUCCCGCCAAAUGCUAACCACGAACUUCAAAGCCAGCACGCGGUGAGGAACGUCAAACCUCCAGAGCCGCCGCGGUGUCCGGUUGCAAGCAGUGGCGACGUCCCCAAGGAAAGCGGCCAGAUUUUUGCGGAGACCCCUUCCCAACACGCAACGCCCCCGAAGGAAAGCAAAACUCUCCAGCUGCCCAGAAAGAUCCUGUUCAAAAGCAGCGGGGCGCAAGCGGUCCACAGUGUUUUGCCGCCUCAGGAAACCAGGCCUCUGCUGGAUUUCAAGAGCGACGGGUCGUCCUCUCAGGGCCUGGAGGAAAGCCUGCUGGUGAACGCCAAAUACAUCCCGGCUCAGCCGCAGACGGUCAGGCUUCACAAGGGCAGCCGGAGCGUCAGGAUACUCAAAAGCUCCUUGGUGAAGCACAGGUCGCACCUCGUCACCGUGCUGGAAAACGGGCCGCAGGCCGGCAGGGAGAAGGCCAAACCCUCCGGCAAGAAGUGCCGUUUCCCCGACGACCUGGAUACAAAUAAGAAGCCGAAGAAGGCCGCCACAAGAGGAAGAAAAGCGGCCACUCCGCCGGAGGCCGCCCUCCUGAGUCGGCCUCCCGGCGUCCUCAAGUCGGCGGUUAGGCCCCACAGCCGGGAGCCGGUGGUGGCGAAACCGAAGCACAAGAGGGCCGACUACCGCCGCUGGAAGCUGUCGGCCGAGGUCUCCUAUGAAGAAGCCCUGAGGAGGGCGAGGAGGAACCGGAGGGAAGGCCUCGGGGCCUACCCUCAGGCUCCCCACCCGUACGCCAGCCCCUACGCCUACGUCGCGAGCGACUCGGAGUAUUCGGCGGAGUGCGAGUCGCUCUUUCACUCAACGGUGGUGGACACCAGCGAGGACGAGAGGAGCAACUACACCACGAACUGCUUUGGGGACAGCGAGUCCAGCCUGAGCGAGGUGGAGUUUGUGGGCGAGAGCACGACGACCAGCGACUCGGACGAGAGCGGGGGGCUCAUCUGGUCCCAGUUUGUGCAGACGCUCCCCAUCCAGGCGGUCGCCGCCGCUUCCGAGCUCCACGAAAACGCAGCCAAAGCCUUCGUCAAGAUUAAAGCCUCACACAACCUCAAGAAGAAGAUCCUCCGCUUUCGGUCCGGCUCUCUCAAAUUGAUGACUACUGUCUGAAAUGCAUAACUAGUAGCUGAAGAUGGCAGCAGUGGUGACUGACAUGCCUAUUGGGGGAAGUGUGUGUGUGUGUGUGUGUGUGUGU